UUGCAUGCCGUAUUAGUGCGCGCCCGUGUCGUACAUUUUGCAGAAUCACUAUGGCGUCUGUGUUGAAAGAGAGUGUUGGGCUGUAUGAAACCUUGAAAGCCGAAUGGAAUAAGAAAAAUCCAAAUUUAAACAAAUGCGGGGAAAUACUGAGCAAGCUCAAGAUUUCGCUUCUGGAGUUGAAUUUUUUACCAACCACCGGGACCAAACUCGCUAAACAACAGCUGAUUUUAGCCCGCGAUGUGCUGGAAAUUGGAGCUUUAUGGAGUAUCCUAAAGAAAGACAUUCCCUCCUUUGAACGCUACAUGGCUCAGCUGAAGUGUUAUUAUUUUGAUUACAAGGAUGAGCUGCCAGAGUCAGCCUACAUCCAUCAACUGCUGGGCCUAAAUCUGCUAUUCCUGCUCUCACAGAAUAGAGUGUCUGAGUUUCACACAGAGCUGGAGAGGCUGAGUGCUAAAGACAUCCAGACCAAUGUCUACAUCAGACACCCAGUUUCAUUAGAGCAGUACUUGAUGGAGGGCAGCUACAACAAAGUUUUUCUUGCAAAAGGGAAUAUUCCUGCUGAGAGCUAUACCUUCUUCAUAGACAUUCUGCUUGAUACUAUCCGUGAUGAGAUUGCAGGUUGCAUAGAGAAGGCAUAUGAACAGAUUCAGUUCAGUGAGGCAACAAGGGUGCUUUUCUUCUCCUCACCAAAAAAGAUGACAGAAUAUGCUAAGAAGAGAGGCUGGACUCAGAGCCCUGACGGUUACUACUCUUUCAGCCCACAGCAACAGCGGACAGAGGAAGUAACUAUUCCUUCAACAGAAUUGGCCCAACAAGUCAUUGAAUAUGCAAGACAGCUUGAGAUGAUUGUGUAACUUCGUUACAUAUGAACCCCUUAAAUGCUACCAACACACUUACAUUAGAUGGAUUCAUUAUAAUUCAAUGGGAUUUGAAUAUUUACAAUUUAAACACCAAGAAUGUGUUAUGUGGAAAAGAGGGGUUUCCCAGGACUGGUGCUAUUAAGGACACACAUUUUAUCAUUUAUUAUUCACUUGUGCCUGGGAUAAGCUGACAAGGGAAUCAGACAGUUGUGUGUGCUCAUUGUGGGGUGAAACGUGUCUUUAAUAAAGUUUUUGUGAGACUUCCGCACAGUUUUAUCACUCUGGACAAAGAAAAUUAAACACCUUCAAGUUGGCAGUUAUUUUUUAGGUUAGCAACUAUGAAGGCGACUAUAGGGCAAACAGAGUUCUGAUUAAUGUGUGCAAGUUAAAUUUCAUUAAAAGCCAAAAACCUGUUGACC